AACUAACUUUGACUAGUGCCUAGUGUGAAAAGGAUGCGAGUCCUGACAAGUGUAUCAGCUUUCAAGCCAGUUCGGUUAAUUUUCCGAAUCAUGGGAUUGUAUCCCUCCAAAAAUCGUCCUCGUCUCUACGCUAUCUACUCUUUUAUCCUAUUUCUUAUAAUGGGGAUUUCAUCUCUGUCCAUGUUAUUGUAUCUCGUUUUCACCAAAACUUUGGAAGAAUUCCUUCAGUCCUUGCCCAUCCAAAUAAUAUUCAUUUUGGCUAACUGGAAGAGCCUCACGAUCCGGAUGAAUGCAGAUAAACUCUCCGAAAUUGAAGAUUAUCUUAUAUAUUUGGACCAAAAAUUGCAGAUACCGAACCGGAAAGAUCUAGUGCAAGACGCAUUGAAAACAUCCUGGAAUGUCUUUUGUACGUUUAUCGUAAGCUACUGGGUUUAUCUAAUAACUGGGGCCAUUGGAUCUUACACCAAUCGAAAGUUACCUGUGGAAAGCUGGUUUCCUUUUAACAUCACUUCAUCGGAUGAGAUUUUUUUCAUGACGUGGUCUUACCAAAAUGUUGUGUAUGCAUUACAAGUUACAAGGAAUAUGGGUUGCGAUGCUUUCUGUCCAAUCUAUUUGAUAAUAUUGAUUUGCCAGUUUGAUUUGUUUGCAGCUAAAGUUGAAAGUAUUGGAACCGUCAUAGGGAAAGGACCAAAGGAUAAUCUGGCAGAGUUGAAAGAGUGCUUUGAAAUUUAUGAGGUUUUGAUGAGAAUUUUCAACCACCUUAAUUGCAUCAUUUCAAGGAUUAUGUUCAUUGCCUUCUUAAUCACGGGCGUGCUUCUCAGCUGUAGUGUAGUUCAGUGCUUGUACUUUGACCUAACUUUCGCGGAAAAAGUGGAGGUAGUGAUGUUCUUUAUUGGGGUACCACUGGAGCUGGCACCAUGUUGUUAUUUCGCCGAUAGAUUCAUGGAGAAAACGGACCAAUUGGUUAAUGUCAUUUACAACAUGAACUGGUACGAAGAAGGUCCUGAAUUUCGAAAGAUGGUGAUCAUAUUCAUGGAAAUGAAUCAGAAUAAAAAGGUGAUUCUGGCUGGAAAUUUAAAACAAGUUAAUUUGGCGGCAUGUAUGGAUAUAUUCAAGUUCACUUAUACUUUGAUUACUUUCCUAAUGCAAAUGGGAAACUAAAGUGAAAAAGGAUUCAUGAAAAUUGUGUAGUGCUUUAUGAUUUUAUUCAAUUAAUCGUGUUCUUUGUCACUUGAGCUCACCAGAUUAAAUUGCUUAAUAAACACUAAAGAUUUCACAGGAA